GUUCCUUCGCGCUAACAGCAGAGCGCCCAUUGUUUGCAGGAACUAACGAUCUGUUGAAUGGUUUCUGCAACAAGUUGUGAAAGAUGUGCUUGACAAUCGAUAUCGGAAAGUGUUAUCGAAACAACGUGAUACAGUAAUGGUUGCUGCUGCAAGAAAAAGAUUUUCCCCAUUGAUAUUGUUGAUAAUGGUGCUAAAUGUGGUGGCAAGUAGCCAUGUUGUGAAGCCUGGUGUUAAUACAAAUGGAUACAACAGUACAGUUUCUAAUGGAUCGACUACAACGGCGUACUCUGAACCAGAAAGCUUGUCCCGUUCAACAAUCCAAAGCAUUAGUCCAAAGGAUACUGCGAUAUCAGGAGCUAAGCCAGAUUAUACGACUGGCCCUGGCAUUCAGCAGAGUUCAUCAGUUCCUGGGGAUACACCAAUCGCGGUCGUAAGUCCCCCGGAAAAAGAAAGAUUAUCUCAUGAUCAAAACGAUACCACUAGAAAAUGGUGCUUGGAGCUCAUUACUGAAGCGGAUGGAACUGAUCCCGUCUCCGAAAGCAAUGAAAACAAUUCCCAAAUAUCCGAGGAUCUCUCAAAAUUCGAAUGGUAUCCAUUGAGCCUGGGACCUGGGAAUGUUUGCGACAACUUUCUGCCUUCUAAACAGAAUAAAAAUAAUGUCGGCUUAAUCUACGUAAGUGUUAGUUAUUCAUCAAAAUCGGUAACUCAUCUAUGCGUGGAAUUUGCUCGGGAGUACGAUAUAUAUGUUGAAAAUGUUACCAUUGUUGGCCUUGGAUUUGAAGCAAAUCUGCCGGUGAAACCCGGAGAAUCGAAAGUCAUAUCGGGGUUGAAGCGAUGUUGUCACUGCAAGUACACAGUGGAAGUCAGAUGCAAAACUGGUCACAUUGUAAAUAAGGUGAUAGAAAAGAAAAGGCGGCAGAUCAAAUUAGUGAGCAUUUCUCCUGAUGUAAUACACUGGUCAUACCCAGUAGAAGAACUGCUGUGUAUAAAGGAGUUUCGGAUCGAUCUGCAUGUUUCAACGAAGAAUCAACAUAAUAAAACUUUCUUCGUUGUCCCAAAUGCUCAGGACACUGAUGGAAACUUUAGUUUAACACUGCAGGAUCCCCGGAUAAUAUGCUUUCCGAAAUAUGUUACAAUCACUCCCAUCUUUAACGAUUAUUUUGAAGGAAUACCGGUGACGGAAUAUUCGGAGGUUGCUUUAUCCAUUGAUCCACAUCUAAAAGAUUCUUCAAUUAAUUUUACUCAUUAUUAUUGGGAUGUGCCUGAAUUAUUUGGCAAAUGUGUGAAGGAAAUCAGAGUUUCUGACGGAACUAAAACCAUUACAAUAACGAGGCAUAAAAAAACCUCAACGUUGCCGAGUAGAGCCACGUUUAAAAAUCUAGAUGCUUGUCGAUUGUACACUUUUACCUUCGAAGUUAUCGAUCUAAAUGGGACACCUAGGUCACAAGUGGAUAGAAAUACCACUAUUUUGGAAGUAGAGGGAGGUAGUGUGGUUGAAUUACGUUUGAUGGUAAAUGUGUCACAGUCCGCUUGGAUUGAGUGGAGCCCACCGAAGGGAAUGGCUUACUGUAUUGAGUCGUAUCUCAUUGAAGAACAGCAUAGUGAUCAUAUAAACAAGCAUGAGAUUAAUACUUCUCCACAUCGACUCAAUGCAACCAGUAUUUGCUCGUUGAAAUCGAUCAGCAUCACACCAAAAUCUGAACGUAUUUCACGAUGGAUGACAUCGACGCUAAAUCUAUCAUCCAGGGCUUCAGUUCAAAAUUUGCACAUUCAUCCGCUUUCUUCUAGAGCGAUCAACAUUACCUGGGAUCCUCCAGAACAGUAUUCGCAUUGCGUCGCAUACUAUUCAAUUUAUAAGCGUAAUUUCCCUAACAAUCGCUGGACCUCACAUUUUUCAAGCAUAAUAAUUGACGAUAUGAUUCCUUGCACAAACUAUAGCUUUGUUGUAGUACCAGUAAACCGGUAUGGCAUGAAUCACUCGUUAGCUAUGGCUUCCGUAUCAAUGCCCGAAGAACGUAUUCCCCGGGUUCAACAAGUUAAGUCUCACCAUGACCAAAUACAAUGGAAUUCCCCUCCUCAGAGCUACAGUUGCAUAAAAGAAUUUCAAGUGAUUCUGAGAACAACUGACAACAGGCUGAUAGUAAAUACAACCAUUUCCGGGAAGUCAAAAGGUCGCAAAUCCGAACCGUUCACCUACCAUUUUCGUCAAAAUUCUGACACUCCUUGCGCACUGCUCAAGUACAGCGUAACUCCCGUAUCGCUAAGCGGGCGGCUGGGAUAUCCGUACGAAAUAACAACUCCUCCACCAAAGCCAGGACCAGUACUUGAUGUUACCAUCAAUACAAGCGUCGAACGUCAAGUUACCAUAUCUUGGAUGAAGCCAGAACUCUUCCCGAAUUGCGUUAGCUCGUAUCGAAUUUCCUACGAUGAUCGAAACGUUACAACCAACGAAACCUCCAUCACGAUACAGAACCUGUACUCUUGUAUGGAGUACAACUUCACGAUAGCUACGGUGGAUUUCUCCGGCGAGGAUGCAGCAAGUGUAGUCACCAAUGCAACUGUCAAGGAGGAAAAGCUGAGCGCAGUUCAGGAUUUGGAACUAACUGAACUGGAUCCACGAUCGCUGAUAGCUAGGUGGAAACCUCCGGCGAAUGGGACGCACUGUGUGGCAUCCUAUCGGUACGUGGCGUGGGUUUCCGGAGGAGGUGAUCUUCCGGAGCAGAUUUCCAAUUCAACCACCGAUAUCCAUAUCACCUUUGUGGAGGUGUUCGCUUGCACCAAGUACUAUGUGCAGGUUAUUCCUGUUUCUAAAGGAAACAACGACGGCAACAAUGAAAUCGCGGAUAUUGUGACCAAAGAGAGAGUCAUCCUAAGAUACCACAUCGAUCCGGUUCGAAUCAAGACCCAGAUGGCACAGAGUCUAGAACUGCAAACUGCUUUAACGAGCGAUAACACCAACAAUUGCGAUUUGCAUGCGGUACGCUUCACCUGCACAACAAGCAUCGUCCCUGAGGGAGAGGAUCCCAAAGUGAUCACCGGUGAAGCUAAAAUCACGGACCUCAAUGCUACUUUCUCUGCUGUCGUUACCCCGUUGCAACCCUACAACGAGUACAAUUGCACCGCAGCGAUCCUGAACACUGCUGGAUGGUCCGACGAAACGGCUCUGGCCCCCUUCAUGACCGGUGAAGAUUUUCCAGAGCAACCACAAAAUCUUCAACUAAGGGGGGAUGUCCGAAUGAUCGAACUGAGCUGGAAGGCGCCGAAGGUUAAGAAUGGAAUCAUCUCUCGUUAUCGAGUUCACAUUCGGUCGGAAGAUGCGCGAUACCCCACACCCAGCUAUUGUCCUCUACCAGAUCCGUACAAUUCCACUUUCGAUCUGCACGAAGACGACGAGAACGCAAAGAUGAAGAACUGGGACGUUGACGAGCUGGACCAUAAUAUUAGUUACCUGAACCCAUACACUGAUUACGUGGUUCAGGUGGCGGCGGCCACCAAAGCCGGAUUGGGCCCGUACACUGAGAUGGUGUCCGUGGCGACACUUCCGGAGCAGCCCGAUCCGGUGUAUGAGUUCUCGGAGUACAACGUCACUCUUCCGGAGAUUGACAAGCCAUACAAUUCGACGGUUCACAUCUCGUGGAAGAUACCGUGUCAUCUGCAUGGGCGAUUGCGUAGCUUCUCGGGACAGUUCAUUGGCUACAAAGGUGCGUUCGAGCACACUUUUGGUUGGACUAGAACCAUCGACCCGAGCGACGAAAUCUUGGAAACGUAUAGUCUAACGGAAGAGCGCCUGGAGCCAGAGCUUCAAUACAACGUCUCGAUCAUGGUAUUUGUAGAAGACGUCGGUAAUCAUAGUAAUGCCAAGUUUUUGAGUUUUCUGUCACCGGCUGGGAUACCAAACAUUACAAACGAAAUCAACUGGGGAACAGUUAACGUGAUGAACGCACCGAAUCCGACGAGAACAGCCAGGAUUUGGAUUUCAGAUUUUAUCUUCCAAUCCAACGUUGGCAGUAUUACGAACGUAGCUCUUCUUGUUUCCGAACGUCACUGUCAAGCGGACCCGGUUCCAAAAAGGAACCUAUCGAUUGAAUGGCCGGACGUCCUCUCGUGGAAAGUUGCUGCCCAAAUGCCCUGUAUUCCGCAGUAUCAGACGACCCCCAAGCAGUGGAAUCCUAUAGAAACUAGAAAACGUGCUGGUAGACAAACUGCAGAGGUAGAGUACAUAAUUGGUAAAGACCAUUGCGAGGAAGACCAGGAAUAUUGCAAUGGGGCUUUGAAGCCCGGAACGGAAUAUGCGUUGAUAGUUAGGAUUUUCACCAAUAGUGGGUACAGUGACUCUACAAUCCAAUUUUUCCAAACGGAUUCACUCAUUCAAUUAACCGUGAUCGUAACGUCGAUCUUUGUGUGCCUAUUGCUGGCGUUUGCACUGGGGCUGGUAAUCCUCUGGCGUACUCAGAAGCUGACAGUGUCACCACUUACGGCAGUUCGCUCACCGAACGAGGAACCCGCCGAUAUCCCACUGAAGAGUUUCUCCGGAAUCUAUGAAGAGCUCAUUCAGUCGAAUAGGGAAAAAAUCAACAAGGAAUACCAGGCAAUUAACUUCUUCUUGGAGCAGCUGAUCAACGAAAAGGUUACCUUCUUCGUUGCCAAGGAGAACGAAAGGAAAAACCCUUAUCUGGGCAUUUUCCCGUACGACGGUAAUCGAGUUCCGUUGGACGUUGACGACAUCUUUGUCGAGGAAGAUGAGGAAUCCAACGACUACAUCAACGCUUUGUUCAUCGAUGGCUACAAGUACCAGCGGGAGUACAUUGCCACGCAGGGUCCGAAGAAAGAAACCUGCUUCGACUUUUGGCGGAUGAUUCUCCAGUUCGAGGUGGAAUCGAUCGUGAUGUUAACGCAGACGGUGGAGAACGAUAGGAUCAAGUGCUAUCAGUACUUUCCGCGGUUCAAUCAAACCUUGUACUUUUGGGAAGUUUCGGUCAAGUGCACUCAGGAGCUCAAUAUGGGCUUCUACCAGAAGCGGUUGUUUUUGGUGACGAGGGAUAACAUGAGCAAAGUAGUGUUCCAUUAUCACUUCCUAACAUGGCCGGACCACGGUUGCCCAUCGAGUUCAUCGGAUUUGAUAAAAUUCAUCAAAAUAAUUCGCUCGGAGCGGAAGAACCUGGCACUACCCGUUGUCGUCCACUGCAGCACCGGAGUUGGUCGCACGGGGACGCUAAUUGCGCUGGACAUCAUUCUGCAGCGGAUACAGCAGGAGAAGAAGAUCAACAUCUACGAUACGGUUAAGCAGCUGCGAACGCAGCGUGUCAAGAUGGUACAAACCAGUGAGCAGUAUGCCUUUCUGUACCACGCAUGUCUGGAGUACAUGACCAGGAAUAACAGGAAAAAACCAAAGACCAGUACCGAAGAGAUUAGCACGUCGGCGAGGAGCAGCCCGGACACCCCGAGUAGCGUAGCUCCUAAAAAUGGUCGAAGACCAAUGAUCAACAUCAAGUUGCCAAAGUAUGUUCACAGCGGAAUAUCGAAUGUCAAGAGCUACGUUCCAGAUGAUGUCGAGAGUAAAACAUAGUAUAUAAUUGUUCCAGUUGACGAUUUUCGAAAGUGCCAUAAGAACUGAAAUUGUGCGGUUCCUAU